CACCCAACCAGAGUCCUCCAACCCACCCGCGAGGCUCGGGCACCAGCAAGGCGGCCCCAACCGCAGGGAUCCCGCCCACCUGUGGCGGUAUCCCCGCAUCUGCGACCUCCCCCACCGCUACCGGGGCCCCCACAUACGACCACUCCCGCGUAGGUGCUCUGCCCACACCCGCCCCUACCCCCCCCGCCAGCCUCUGUGCUUUCCCUCCCCUUUCCCUGCUCCUGCCCCGAGCCGCGCCCCCUCCCCCGCAGCCCCUCCCGGGCGCUCGGGCCCCGCCCGUCACCGCCCAUUGGCGCUGGCGCCUGGCGGGGGCGCGGGCCGUGCAGCAGUUCGGAGUCCGGUGCGCGCGGGCGGGGUCCCCAUUGCCUGCCAAGCACCCGGACUAGCGACUCCCCUCGGCCUCCUCGCCGUGGACGCGGACGACUCCGGGGCCCGCAAGGGCUCCUUGCGGAAGUUACCGGAGCACCUCUCCGGGGCCCGCAAGGCCAUCCGCGUGCUGACCAGCGGCGGGGUGCUCAAGGCCCUCCCCGCCAGCAUCCGUGACGGGAAGGACCAGAUAGCCGGAACUCCGGGAGGUAAGGGGCGCCGUGGCGCGGGCUCUGGGCUUCCCCUGCCCUGCAGUGUGGAAAGGGCUCUCCAGGAGGGGCUCCAUCCUGGGCCCAAGACCGGGGCGCCCUGGGAGGACAUUUUACAUUGAAGAGCGGGAGGUGAUGGAGAGUGCUUGCCCCAGGCCUCAGAGGCACGUAGGGGCGCCUGUGCCUGGGAUCAGGAGGGUGAGGCCUUCUUGGCCAGGUAGCCUUGUUAAAUCUAUCUGAAAGUCACAGAGAACUAAGUGUCAAGUCGU